AUGAAAAAGCAUCAGACGAGACAAAAGACGUUAAAUGAUCCUGUUAUAGUUUCUCGCGUUAAAAAUUAUCUUGCGGAAAAUGUCGAUAAAACAUUCGUCGAUGUUAGUCAAAUGGCGCGUUCACUCAAAGAACGUUACCGAGAAUAUAACAAUAGAAGUGACAAUGCUUUCUGUCAAAUGGUUGAAAGUGCCUACAAAAUAGUGCUACAGAGUUACGGUUUAGAUGGAGACUCUACCUCGGAAGGUUCCGAGGAAGAAUCUGACUUAGAAUUAUUGGACGAAAACAACAGCGCCCUUAACGAUCGUUUACUAUCAAUGUAUAACAUGCAAGACAAAAAACGGACCGCAGCUUCCCGACGGCCGACCGAUAAAUCUGGAGAGCCUAUCGACAUCAUUAGCAGUGACGAAGAAGGGACUGCGGCGCCGAAGCUUCCUAAGAUCAACGAUCAAAUAACUAUAACCCCUCAUAUACCUGUAAGAAAUUCACACAGUGAAACAUGUCAAAAACCUGUUCAAAUACAAAAUGCCACUGAUAAAAAACGUAAAGUGGACACUAAAAGCAUUGUCAGUAAAAAAAAAGUGGAUAUAGGUAUACCUAAACAUGUAAAGGUUAGCUUUGAAGAUGUUGGUGGUUUGUCUGAGACUAUUACACAAGUUUGUGACUUAGUUUUACACAUGAAGCAUCCUGAGGUGUAUAUAAAAUUGGGUAUAAAAAGCCCGAGGGGUGCUUUAUUACAUGGGCCUCCUGGAACUGGAAAAACAUUGUUAGCUCAUGCCAUUGCAGGAAAAUUGAAAUUGCCAUUUAUUGCGGUUAGUGGAACUGAGUUAGUAGGUGGGCUAUCUGGUGAAUCAGAAGAGAGAAUAAGAGAGCUUUUUGAACGUGCUGUAACUGAAUCUCCAUGCAUAUUGUUUAUUGAUGAGAUUGAUGCAGUGUGUGGAAAUAGAGUGAAUGCACAAAAAGAUAUGGAAAAGAGAAUGGUCGCACAGUUAUUAGCCUGUUUAGACAACUUGACUGAAGAAAGCUCUUCUGUGUUAGUGCUUGCUGCAACAAAUAAUCCUGAUACGUUAGACCCAGCUCUUAGAAGAGCAGGUCGCCUUGAGCAAGAAAUCACUUUAGGUAUUCCUUCUUUGAAAGCCAGAAGAGAAAUACUUACUAUUUUAUGCAAAAGUUUAGCCCUCAGUGAGGAUGUAGAUAUGAAUACACUAGCUCAAAUAACUCCAGGUUUUGUCGGUGCAGAUUUGCAAGCUUUAGUAAACAAAGCAAGUACUUACGCAGUUAAGAGAAUAUUUAAAGAAAUAAAAGAUUUAGAAAAGGAAGAAACAAACAGAGCCAUAGAACUUAUUAAGAAUGAUAAUGCUGCUGAUGACAAUGUUCCAAAUGGUGAGAAGGAAACUGAAGCAACAGAAGCAAAUAAACCAGAAAGUGAAGUGUCUGAGAAUAAUUCAUCUGCUGUGUCUCAAGACUCCACAAAAAGAACACAGGUACCUUCACAAGAGCCUAGUGAAGAAAACAUUGUUGUAGAAGGCCCCAAUAAAAUACUAAAAGUGAAUGAUGUAGAAGUGGAUCCUGUUACAGAAGUGUUAGAAUUGCUGGAAAACUCUACACCAUAUUCAUGUGAAAAAUUACAAGACCUCGCCGUAAAACAGGAAGAUUUCUUCAAAGCACUUAAAACAACAAAACCAUGUGCAGUAAGAGAAGGUAUUGUGACUGUACCAGAUGUUACAUGGGAUGAUGUUGGAUCAUUAAACCAAGUGAGGAAGGACCUACAAUUGGCUGUAUUGGCUCCAGUAAAGUAUCCAGAACAGAUGAAGAAAUUAGGUUUAGCAGCACCUAGUGGAGUAUUACUUUGUGGCCCACCCGGUUGUGGAAAAACUUUAUUAGCCAAAGCAGUUGCCAAUGAAGCUGGAGUUAAUUUUAUUUCAGUAAAGGGACCGGAACUGUUAAAUAUGUAUGUAGGCGAGAGUGAGAGGGCUGUACGUACAUGUUUCAGAAGAGCAAGAAACUCCGCACCUUGUGUUAUAUUCUUUGAUGAAUUUGAUGCUUUGUGUCCAAGACGUAGUUCACAGGACAAUAACGGUGCAGCACGAGUUGUCAACCAAUUAUUAACAGAAAUGGAUGGUAUAGAAAGUCGUGAAGGUGUUUUUGUAUUAGCUGCGUCAAAUAGGCCAGAUAUUAUUGACCCAGCUGUCUUACGUCCUGGGCGAUUAGACAGAAUUAUGUAUGUGGGUAUGCCAGAAAGAGAGGACAGAUAUGAUAUUUUACAAAAACUGACAAAAAGUGGAAGUAAACCAAAGUUAGGACCUGAUGUUGAUUUGCAGGUUGUUGCAGAGUCUACAGAAGGUUACACUGGUGCUGAUUUAUCUGGUUUAGUUCGAGCUGCUGCAACUAAUAGUUUGACAACACACAUCUCUAAUGGGACUCUUGAAGGCGACAUUUUUGUUACUUUUGAUGAUUUCAGAGCUGCCCUAAUAAAAUGCAAACCUUCAGUUUCCCAAAAGGAACAAGCCCAUUAUGAAAAGUUAAGAUUGAAAUAUGCAGGUGGCAUUGAUGAGAAAGAAAUGGAAAUGGAAACGGAACCAACAAAUGAGGAAUCUAUGGAUACCGUGUAG